AUGAAAAGUGAAUUGGAAGAUGAAUUACAACGUAAUAUUAAUUAUUUAAAUAUUAAAAUUGAUAAAAUUAUACCAGAAUUUGUCAUUUUAAAUGACAUGGAUGAUUCAACAAGAGUACAUGAAUACAUUGAAUAUCUUGAUAUUUUAAUUGACAAAAUUAAUUCAAUUGACAAAUUAAUUAACAACAUUAAUAGAGAUGAAAAAUUAUUUAAAUUUCCACAAACAAUAUUCAUUAAAAUUCAUGAUAUUAAAAAUAUUAUAAUGCCAUUUUAUAAAUUAAAUUUUAUGAUAUUUAAAUGGCAAAGACAUUAUGGAAUAUGGCUUGAUGGUCCAUUUGAUUAUAUUGAUUCAUCAAAAGUUUGUCAAAUAACUAAAUAUUAUUAUGAUGAAUUUAUUGAUAUGCAAAAAAAUAUAAAAAUUAAAAUAAAAUUUGACACAACAACAACAACAAGCAGCACAAAUAGCAAUAAAACAUUUAAAUUUAGUGGUAUUAUUGAUGAUCCUGAUCCGAUGCAACAACCAGCACCAUUAAAACUUUGUCAUCAAAUUAUAAAACACAUUGAUGAUUUUAAAAAAAAUAUACGUUUAAUAAAUUGCAUGUGUAAUCCAGCAUUGGCACAAAGACACUGGAAUGAAAUGUCAAUUAUUUAUGGUAAUAAUAUAACACCAAAUGCCGGUACAACAUUGAGAAAAUUUAUUAAAUUAAAUAUAACAAAUGAUAAUAUUGAUAAGUAUGAAAUAAUAAAUGCAGGUUUAAAUAAACUACCAAUAGUUGAUACACUUAUUACUGAGAGAAUUUACAAUACAAUAUUUCAAGCAAUUGGAAAUAAUUAUAUUGGAGCUACUGUUGCAGGUUUUAAUGCUACUGGAAAAACAGAAACAAUAAAAUCACUAGCAAUUAGUGUACUUGGAAGACAAUUUUAUAUUAUAAAUUGUAUUAAAAAUAUUAUUGGAUAUAAUGAGUUGGCAAAUAUUAUCAAAGGAUUAAUAUCAACUGGUUCUUGGCUGUGUUUUGAAAAUAUAUUUAAUAAUAAUAAUAAUAAUGAAACAUUUAAUUUUGAAGGUGCCACAUUGAAUUUAAAUACAAAUGGAUUUAUAGUAAUAACUAAAAAUAUAUCACAUACAUUUGAUCAUCAUGAUGAUAUUAUUAAAAAAUUAUUUAGACAAGUAACACUGACACAACCUGAUAUUCAAAAAAUAUGUCAAGUUAAAUUGUGGGCAGCUGGUUUUAUUAAUGCACUUGUAAUUUCUAAAAAAAUUAUUAAUAUUAAUAAGCUGUGCAUGAAAGGAUUAUCUUUAUAUGAUUUUGGAACAAGAUCAAUCAUUACAAUAAUACGUAAUUCAAUUGAGCUGAAAUUAAAUUAUUCAAAUAAUAAUGAAGACAUUGAUGAAGAAUCAAUUGUUCUCAGAGUUAUCAUUGACAUAUAUAUACCAAUGCUAUGCAAUGACAAUGACAUUUUAAUAUUUCAAGGUUUCAUUAAAGAUAUAUUUCCAAAUGUCAAUUUACCACCACCAAAUUAUCAAUAUUUAAUAAAUAUAUUAGAUGAAAUUGCCAUUGAUAAUUAUGGCUUUAAUCUUAAUGAACAAAUGAAAUUAAAAAUAAUACAAAUUUUAGAAAUAAUGUAUAGCAAACGUUUUUUUAUAAUUGUUGGUGAUGCAAUGGUUGGUAAAACAACAAUAUUAAAUAUUUUAGCAAAAUCAUUAAAAUGGAUUAUAUUUGAUGGACCAAUUGAAUAUGAUGUUAAUAUUGAAUAUAAUGAUAGCAAUGAUGAUAUGACAUCAAUUGUAUUUGAAACAGAUGAUACAAGUCAAGCAUCACCAGCAAUAAUAUCACAUUGUGUAAAUGAAUUAUAUUUGGUAAUGUCAGUAUUACGAUUACUUGAUAUUUAUAUUGAUGAAAUAACUCAUUGUGUAUCACCAAAUGAUGGUAAAAUUAAUGAAAUAUGGUUACAUGCAAGUUUAAUAAUGUCAAUAAUUAAUUCACUUGGUAGUAUUUUGUCUUGUCAUGAUGAACAAAUUAAAUUUAAUGAAUUUUGUUUAUUACUUUGGAACGACAACAAUGAAAAAAAACCUGAUAUUGUUAAAAAUUAUGAUGUAGCAAUGCCAAAUGAAGGUGCCAUUCAAGAUCAUACAUAUAUUUUUAAAGGUGUUGGUCAAUGGAAAAAUUGGAAUGAAAUAUUGAAAAAUAAUAAUCCCAAUGAAAAUAUUCUAUCACAAUUAAAUUCAUUAAAUAAUAUUGUUCAAACACCUGAAACAUUUAAGCUAAUUAAUUUAUUUUCCAAAUGUAUUAAAUUAAAAAUACCAUUUAUCAUUUGUGGCAAAACAUCAACUGGUAAAUCAUUAUUAAUGCAAUAUUUUUUAAAUAACAAUAAUAAUAAUAAUAAUAUUGUUAAAAAUAUAAUUGAUUCAAUGCCAAAUGAAAAUAGUCAUCAACAAGUACAAGAAAAAUUUUUAUUAAAAUUAAAUAAAAUUGGAAAAAAUCAAGAAUAUGGACAAUUAAAAAAUAAAACUUGUAUUAAUUUUAUUGAUGAUUUAAAUUUAAUUAUUGAUGACAAUAAAAAAACAUUUAUUCUUGAAUUAAUACGACAACAAAUUGACAGUGGACAUUGGUACAUAAAUGACAAAAAAAUACAAAUAAAUGACAUUAUGUUUUUAUUUUCAAUGACUAUUUUUAAUGAUAAUAAAAUAAGAAAAAAUAUAUUCAUCAGAUUAAUGAGACACUUGACAAUUUUUACAAUAAAUCCCAUAUCAAAUGAUAAUAUAUUUAGAAUAUAUAGCUCAAUUCUUGGUAAUAAUUUAAAGAAAAAUCAAUUUAGUGCUGACGUUAUGUCAAGUGUUAAUGGCAUUGUCAAUUCAACAAUUAAUGUUUACAAGCUUAUUAUUGAAAAUAAUAUUAUUGGUUUUAAUGAAUAUAAUAUACGUGAUAUUACAAAUGUUAUUAAUGGCUGUAGUUUAAUUCAUCGUGAGAGUGUUGAAAAUAAAACAACUCUAAUAAAACUUUGGGUACAUGAAACCCUACGUGUAUUUGGUGAUAAAUUAUUAAAUAAACAACAAGAUAACAUAUGGCUAUUUUCAACAAUUAAAAAUACAAUUGACAUGUAUUUUAAUAAAGAAUCAUUUGAUUCAAUAUUUGAUCAUUUGCCAAAAAAUCAAAAUAACCAAUUGACAUGUGAAAGUUUUCGUAAUUUAAUAUUUUGUAAUUUUAUAAAUUCUGAUGAAACACCAACAAGUACUGAUAAUAAUAAUAGUAACAAUAACAAUUCAAUAAAUGAAUCAUUAUUUAAACGUCGUAAAUAUGAAGAAGUAAUUUGUUCACAAGAUUUAUUAAAUAAUAAAAUAAUUGGUUUUAUAAAUCAAUACAAUGAAAUUAAUAAUAUUAAUAAUAAUAAAUUAGAUAUAAUAAUAUUUAAAAAUAUAGUGGAACAUUUAAUACGAUUGUGUCGUUCUUUAUCUAUACCUGGUUGUAAUUUAUUAAUGUUGUGUAAUAAUGGUGCUAUUGGAAAAAGAACAUUAACACGACUUGCAGCAUUUAUACAACAACAAGAAUAUUAUGAAAUGUUGAUUGAUUCAUCAGCAUCGUCAUUUAAUGAUGAUGAUGAUGUUUUAUUAAAUUUAUGGAAAAAAAAAUUAAAAGAAGCAACAAAACAAUCUGGUGGUUAUGGUAGAGAUUGUACAUUUUUUAUACCAGAAAGAUAUAUUAGAGAUGAAUAUUUAAUUGACAUUAGUAAUAUUAUGACAACUGGCCAAGUGACACAUUUGUUAUCAUGUGAAAAUGAGGUACAAAAAAUUAUUGAAAUAUCAAGAUUACCAGCUCAAUGCGGUGAUAGAAAUCUUGAAAUUGAAAUUAAUCAAGUUAUUGAUAUUGAUAUGUUAAAACAAUAUAAAUAUAUAUUAGCAUUAAAACAAGAUGAAAUAAAAUCAACGAGAAAUAAAUAUUUAGGUGGUUUAAAAAAAAUGGAUUUAGCUGCUAAUGAAGUAUUAAAAAUGAAAAAAAUACUGAUAAAAUUAAGACCAGAACUUGAAUUAUCAGCAAAACAAACAAUUGAAAAAAUGAAACAAAUUGAAGAUGAAAAUAUAAGUGUUGCAAAUGCAACAAUUCAAGUUAAACGUGAUGAAGAAAUUGCAAAUAAUACUGCUGAAAUAGCAGCAACAUUAAAAACUGAAUGUGAAGCUGAUCUUGCUGUUGCAAUACCAAUAUUAGAAGAUGCAAUUGCUGCAUUAAAUACACUAAAACCAACUGACAUAACAUUAGUUAAAGCUAUGAAAAAUCCUCCAGAUACUGUUAAAAAUGUCAUAAGUUGUAUUUGUGUUAUGUUAAAUAUACCAGCUGAUCGUGUUGUUGAUCCAGUUACUGGAAAAAAAUAUAUGGAUUAUUGGGGACCAAGUAAACGUAUACUAGGUGAUAUGAAUUUUUUACAAAAUCUCAAAGAUUAUGAUAAAGACAAUAUACCAAUCGCAUUGAUGCAAGUUAUUAAAAAAACAUAUAUAAGUGAUAAAAAUUUUAUGCCACAUAUUGUUGCCAAAGCAUCAUCUGCUGCUGAGGGUCUCUGUAAAUGGGUCAGGGCAAUGGUAUCAUAUGAUGAUGUUGCUAAAAUUGUUGCACCAAAAAGAGCUAGAGAAAAAAUUGCUGCCAAAAAAUGUCUAGAAACAAUGACGUAUUUAAAUGAAAAACGUAAAACACUCGUUGAGCUAAAUGAAAAAUUAAAUAUAUUAAAUGAAGAUUUAAAAGCAACUCUUGCUAAAAAAUUAAUACUUGAAAAUCAAGUUGAUAAUUGUACUAAAAAACUUGAUAAAGCAGAAGCUUUAAUAGCCAAUCUUUAUGAUGAAAAUAACAAAUGGAUUAAAAUAGCAAAUAAACUUGAAUUAUUUAAUGAUAAUUUACCAAUUGACAUUCUCAUAUGUUGUGCUAUUAUAUAUUAUUUAUCAUCACUUGAUGAAUUUUUACGUAAUGAAAAUAUUAGCAUUUGGAAAACGUAUUUGAUUAAUGAAAAUAUUAAAUUUACAAAUUUUAAUAUUACAAAUAAAUCAAUAUUAAAAAAAUGUCUAGAAUCAUCAUCAUCAAGUCAUCAAUGGCAAGUUAUUAAUGAUUGGUCAUUUGAUAAUAAUUAUUACAAUGAUAAUUUAAUUAUAAUGAAAUAUAAUUCAAGAUUGUGGUGUUUAUUUAUUGAUCCACAAAAUUUAGCCAAUAUUUGGAUACGAAAAAUUGAAACGAAAAAUAAACUUGUAAUUUUAAAUUAUACAGAUCCAUUUAUUAAUUUUCAACUUCCUGAAGAUGGAUUAAACGAUUGUCUUUUAAAUAUAUUAAUAACAAGAGAAAAACCAGAUUUACAAGAAAAAUAUAUACAACUCAAAGAACAAUGUCAAUUUAAUAAUAAUAUAUUAAAAGAAAAAGAAAUUAAUAUUUUAACAACUUUAUCAAAUCCAAUCUCAAGUACAAUAUCAAUAUUGGAAGAUGAAAAUGCCAUGAAAAUUCUUGAUUCAUUUAAGCAAUUUUCAUUAAAAGUAAAAAUAAAACAAGAAAAAUUCAACAAAAUACAAACAGAAAUUGAAUCAAUUAAAAUAAUGUAUAUUGAAUUUUCUUAUUAUUGCACAAAAUUGUACAAAAACUACUUGUCAUUGCUUGAUAGACUUGAUGACAUGUAUAAAUAUUCAUUAAAUUGGUUCAUUCAACUUUACACAAAAUCAAUAACAACAUCAAACAAAAGUAUUGAUAUUUAUAAAAGAUUAAAAUAUUUGAAAAGUUCAUUUACUCAGGCACUUUAUACAAGUAUUCAAAAUUCACUAUUUGAAAAGCAUAAAUUACUAAAUUCAUUUUUAUUAUGUGUCACAAUGUCAAUGGUCAAUAAUUAUAUUCAAGAAGAUGAUUGGAAAUUUUUAUUAAAUCAUCUAUCAAUGCUCAAUGAAAUGAAUAAUAAUAAUAAUGAUAAAUUAAUUGAAAAAGAAAAAAUACUUGUGUCAUUGGAAAAAAUAAAUAAUAACAAUUACAAUGGCAUUGUUGAUGAUUUAAAAAUAAAUAAUAAAUGGAAUAAUUUUUAUGAUUCAGAUAAUCCAGGUGUCAAUGAUUUUCCUGAACCUUGGAAAAGUAAAUUAUCAAAUUUUCAAAAAAUAAUUAUAAUGACAGUCAUCAGACCAAAUAAAGUUAUUAAAAUAAUUCAUGAAUUUAUUUCAAUGACAAUGAAAGAGUUAAUAAAUAUUAAUUUAUCAAAAUUAAAUGAACAAUAUUGUUUUGAUGAUAUUGUCAAUGACUCGUACUCUCAAUCAAGUUUUUUAAUACCAUUAAUAUUUAUUUUACCCAGUUACUUUGAGCCAUAUGAUGUUAUCAAUGCUUUUGCCAAUAAAUUUGGUUACUCAUCAAAAAUAAUAAAAUAUACAAUUGGAGCUUGUGGUGCUCAUUUGGAUGAAAUAAAUUUAACUAAAUUAAUUAAGUGCUCACAAAUAAAUGGAGAUUGGUUGUUGAUUGAAAAUUUUCAUAUUGCAUCAAAACAAACAAUAGCAUUUAUUGAAAAUAUAUAUCAAGAUCUCAUUCGAAAUAAUAAUAUUUCAAUGGAAUUUAGAUUAUGGCUGUCAAGUCGUUCAACUAAAAAAUUACCAAUUGUAAUACUUGAAAAUAGUAUUAAAAUAACAUGUGAUGAGCCAAUUACAAUAAAACAAACACUCAUUAAAUGUUAUCACUCUGAACCAUUAAAAAAUCCAAAAUUUUUUUCAUCUUGUCCAGGUAAAGAUAAAUUAUUUUCCAAAAUGUUAUACUCAAUGGCAUUUUUUCAUGGAAUAUUACGUGAAAAAAAUAAUUUUGGAAUUUAUGCAUGGAAUGUUAAUUAUAAUUUUAAUCAUUCUGAUUUUGUAUUAUCAAUAAAUCAA